UGUGUUCUUGCCACGAGUUCAACUUGCACUAAAAACCAAAAUGUUCAAAUACUUUGUUUUUGCCGCUUUCUGCCUGGCCAGCGCUGCUGCCGCUCCGGGAUAUUUGGGAGGACUAGCUUCUCCGGCCUUGCCACUGGCUGCAGCUCCGGCUAUUUCCUAUGGACAUGCUCUGGCUGGUCCUUCCAUCGCCUCCUAUGGACUGGCCCCCAGGCUUAGUUAUGCCUCCCCGGCCUUGGCGCAUGGUCCUCUGGCUGGUCCCGCCAUUUCGACCUACGGAUUGGGACUGAGUCAUGGUCACCUUGGCCUGGCUCACGGUUCCCUGGGCCUGGCUUCUGCUCCUCUGGGUCUGGCUCAUGGUUCUUUGGGACUGGCUCAUGCUCCUCUGGCUGCUCCCUUGGGACUGGGCUACAAGUCGGCCUACCCAGCUCUGGCUGCUCCUGGCUACGGACUGGCCCAUGGCUGGUAAGGAUAGUCCGUCCCAUACAACAUCGUUUUCUGCAUUGCUUUCGUUUCGUUUGGAUCGGAGAGAGGUGAAGGAGAAUACACAGAGAAAGUGAGAGAAAAAGAGAGGAUACAGCGGAGAUUUGUAAAAUUAAAUCAAGUUCUCAAAAAUCGGAUUGUGAAAAAUGGGUUUGAUGUUGAAAUAUAUUUCGUUUGAAUUUAUAAAAAUCAA